AUGGCCGCGUAUGAGCGUCUGCCCACCUCGGAGAAGACGCCGCCGCCGUCGCCGCCGCCACCCUCGCGGAUAGGGCCCAGGGUACAGGUCGCGCUGUACAUGAUCGCCUGGACAGUGUCCUCCAACUCGACCAUCCUCUUCAACAAGUGGAUCAUUGACAACUCCGGCUUCGGUUAUCCCAUCCUCCUGACCUUUUGGCACCUCUUCUUCGCCGCCGUCGUGACGCAGAUCCUCGCGCGCACGACGACGCUCCUCGACAGCCGCCAUGAGCUGCCCAUCAGCCGGCGGUUCUACCUACGCACCAUCCUGCCCAUCGGUCUCGCGUCGUCGGGCUCCCUCGUGCUGGGCAACUUUGUCUACCUCUUCCUGUCCGUGUCCUUUAUCCAGAUGCUCAAGGCGUCCGCGCCGGGCAUCGUCCUCCUCGCCUCGUGGCUCUGGGGCCUCGCGAGCCCGUCAUGCGGCCAGGUCGUCAACAUCCUCUUCGUCAUGGCCGGCGUCGCCAUGGCCAGCGCCGGCGCGGUCGACUUUUCCUGGCUCGGCGUCCUCUUCCAGGCCGGCUCGCUCGUCUUCGAGGCCGUGCGCGUCGUCAUGAUCCAGGCCAUGCUCAGCGGACAUGACAUGGCCAUGGAUCCCCUCGUCGGCCUGUACUACUACGCCCCCGUCUGCGCGGCUAUGAACUUGGCGAUUGCUUGCGUCGUCGAGCUACCACACUUUGAGAUGCAGGAUCUGGAGCGGGUCGGCUGGCCGCUGCUGCUGCUCAGCGGCGUCGUUGCCUUUAUGCUCAGCUUCACGAGCAUGACCCUCAUUGGGAGGACGUCUGGUCUCGUGACGAAUCUGACGGGUAUCUUUAAAAACAUUCUUCUCGUGGCGUUUUCCACCGUCGUCUGGCACACGCCCCUCUCGACGCUGCAGGUGGUCGGGUACAGCAUCAGCACGAGCAGCAUCCUGUACUAUGCCUUUGGUGGCGGUGUCAUUUCAGGGGGAUACGAGGCUGCCAAGGACUGGCUGGCGGCUGUGGGCGCGGGGGACAGGUUUCUCUUCUCGCCCGAGAAGAACAGGUUGCAUCUCAGGGUGUGCGUUGGCGUCGUCAUGGGGUUAUUUGGGCUGUCGAGCCUGUACCUGUUUACUUCGUAUCAUCGAGCGUAG